AUGUUGGUGACCCCUGCUCUGAACAGUGAUCUCCAGCUGGGGUUUAUUGUGGUGCACGGGCUGUGCCUGUUCCUCGUUUACUUCUCGUCUGCUGAUCCACUUCCUCCCUGGGUAGGCUGCUUUUGGAUUGACAAACUGGACAAGGCAGUAGCAGCUGCCCACACUUUCUUCCAAGCCAAUCCUGACCACAUGGAGAUGAAGCAGAACUUGGAGUACUAUAGGAUGAUGGCAAACGUAGAGGAGGAGAACUUCAAAGAUCUCGAAAUAAAGCCACAUAUGGCUGAGUUUCUGAUGGGAAAGAGGUUCUAUAGUGAUGACACUUUCGGAUUGGCAGCUAAACAUUUCGAGAAGGCCUUGGAUGAGUACUUUACUGCCAACAAGGAGUGCAGAGCUCUGUGUGAGGGAAGGUACCGCUUUGAUGGAUAUACUUAUAUGGAGUACAGUGCAGACCUGUUCCAGGCCAUGACAGAUCACUACAUGCAGCUACUGAACUGCAAGCAGCAUUGCUCUGUGGAACUGGCCUCUGCUGCUGGCAGAGAUAGUCCUCUUCAGGACUUCCUGCCAUCUCACUUCAACUACCUGCAGUUCUCCUACUAUAACAGUGAAAGGUAUGAGCAGGCCAUAGAAUGUGCUAAGAGCUACCUGUUGUUCCACCCUAAGGAUGAGAUGAUGACCCAGAAUCUGAACUAUUAUGCUGCUGUAAUGGGCAAGGAUGAGGCAGCAACAAUAUCAGCCAGACAGGUGGUGAAACAACACAUCCAGCAGUCUAUACUGGAGAAGGAGCUGCUGUACUUUGGAUAUGAAGCUUUUGGAAUCGCCUUUGUAGACCCAGACACUUGGACUCCAGAGGAUGUCAUGCCGAAGACGCUGAGAAACAAACACAAGUAACAUUUAUAGCACUUCUGCAAACGUACCUAUACUGUGUACUGUUGUUUUUUAGAUUUGAAACUAAUAAGGUUAUUGUCGAAACUAAUAGGGUUGAUAUUUUUUAGUUUGCAUGAGCUUGUCUGUCAGAUGGUAGCAUCUGAGCAAUAUGUUGUGUAGAGUGGCAGAGCAAAAAUUCAGAAAUGUAUGGAAAUCUCAUGUACAUAUGCAAUUCAUUUAGACUUUAAAUGUGGAGUUUUAAAAAACAAAUAUGUAAAAUUAUCAACACCAAUAUGCCUGUCGGGCUGCACAUCAAGGACCCCCCCCCCAACCCCCACCUCACCCCCAAAUGAGUGUAGUGUGAGAAUACAGCUUUAUAGCUCAGUCAAAUAACAGUCACUUCACCACACAUGCAUUGACUUUUUCAGCUAUUAUCCGCUGCUAACUUGCUAUUUUCAACAGCAUUGUUUCCUUUUGUUAAAUAUGGUUUAAUAUUCUCUGUAUGCCUUAAUUAAAGAUUUUUUAUUCCACUUGCGGGAAAUGCGCACCAAAAAAGGCUUCUUUUUCCUGCCAUUGCCAUGGUGAAUUAGCCUCGUGAGACCAUCCUGAUCUCGCGA